AUGGACGUGAUCGAAUUCGAUCACAAUCUUGAGCAAAUAACACGCGAAUAUGUUGACUUUCUAGACGAUGUGGAGGAUCAAAGCAUAUAUGCCACUAUGGUUAAAAAUAUGAUUCAGGAAGAUAAAAGCAGACUGGUCGUAAACAUCAAUGAUUUAAGAAGAAAAAAUCCUGCCCGUACAGCAAGUCUAUUAAAUAAUUCCUUUGAGGAACAACUAGCAUUUCAGAAUGCUCUGAAACAAUAUAUCUCAAGUGUAGACAUUGAUUAUGCUAAAAGCAACAAAGACUUCUUUGUAGCUUUUGAGGGCAGCUUUGGAAAUAAGCAUGUCACACCAAGAACUCUUACCUCUCGUUUCCUGGGUAACUUGGUAUGUGUGGAGGGUAUUGUCACAAAAUGUUCAUUGGUACGACCGAAAGUUGUGAGGAGCGUCCAUUACUGUGACGUGACUAAAACGGUCCUGGAAAGAGCCUAUUCGGAUCUAACUUCCUUGGAGGCAUUUCCCCACUCUGCUGUCUAUCCAACGACUGAUGAAGCCGGCAAUCCGCUUGAAACAGAAUUUGGUUUGUCGACUUACAAGGAUCAUCAAACGCUCACUAUACAGGAGAUGCCGGAAAAAGCUCCAGCCGGUCAAUUACCACGAAGCGUGGAUGUAAUUUGUGAUAACGAUUUGGUGGACUUGUGCAAGCCUGGAGAUCGAGUACAGAUUGUUGGAAACUAUCGAUGUCUGCCGGGAAAGCAGGGUGGAUACACAACCGGAACUUUCAGGACGGUCCUAAUCGCUAAUAAUAUAAUGCAACUGAGUAAGGAAGCCAAUCUUGCAAUUAGCCAUGGCGACGUAGCUAUGUGCAAGAAACUGGUUAGGAACAAUCCCUACAAGAAUAUCUUCGAACUUCUCGCUAAGUCUCUUGCGCCAUCCAUACAUGGCAAUGAAUAUAUAAAAAAAGCGAUUCUAUGCCUCCUUUUAGGUGGAGUGGAGAAGAUUUUGCCAAACGGUACAAGGUUGCGAGGAGACAUAAAUGUGUUACUAAUUGGAGAUCCAUCAGUGGCCAAGUCGCAAUUACUACGUUAUGUGUUAUGUACUGCUCCACGAGCAAUUCCAACCACUGGAAGAGGCUCUUCCGGCGUUGGUUUAACGGCGGCGGUUACAGUUGAUCAAGAGACUGGAGAACGCAGACUGGAAGCGGGCGCGAUGGUCUUGGCGGAUCGCGGUGUCAUUUGCAUCGACGAAUUUGAUAAGAUGUCGGACAUUGAUAGAACGGCGAUACACGAGGUGAUGGAACAGGGAAGAAUCACUAUCGCCAAAGCGGGAAUUCACGCCAGUUUGAAUGCGCGCUGUUCAGUAUUGGCAGCCGCGAAUCCUGUAUACGGAAGAUACGAUCAGUAUAAAACUCCCAUGGAGAAUAUCGGCCUGCAAGAUUCUCUAUUAUCGCGUUUCGAUUUACUCUUCGUUGUGCUGGACGUAAUUGACUCGGAUCAGGAUCAUAUAAUCAGCGAUCAUGUCGUCCGAAUGCAUCGAUAUAGAAGUCCUCUGGAACAAGACGGGGAGGCUCUGAGCUUAGGCUCAAAGUUAGACAUGUUGACUACGAAAAAUCCGGACGAUGUAGCUACCGAAGAAACGCAGUCUCAAGUUUACCAGAAAUACGAUCCACUUCUACACGGGCAAACGCGAUCUAAAAACGACCAGAUCCUCACCAUACAGUUCAUGAGAAAAUACAUACACAUUGCACGGUGCAUGAAACCCAAGCUCACGGAAGAGGCCAGCGCCGUUAUCGCAGAGGAAUAUUCAAAACUUCGAUCGGAAGAUAUGGUGGAAUCCGAUGUUGCGAGGACUCAACCGGUAACCGCGAGAACUCUAGAAACGUUAAUUCGGUUGUCUACGGCGCACGCGAAAGCACGGCUCUCGAAAAACGUGGAGAGCGAGGAUGCACGCGCCGCGAUAGAACUCGUACAGUUUGCUUACUUCAAACGCGUGCUAGAGAAAGAAAGGAGAAAGCGGCGACGACAUGAUAGCGAUGCAUCAGAGACUGCAGACGAAAUAGAGGAAAGCAGACAGGCGAAACGCUCUAAAAAGGUAAAAGGGAGAGAGGGUGAAGUCGAUCCAUACGAAUACGAUAGUGACGAUGAAUACAUCGAACAAGCAACAAGAAGAAUAACCAGAUCACAAAAAACCACCUCGCACACAGAGUCGCACAGUAGCCGCACGGAGACUGAAGGUCCAGAAUCCUCCGAUCCCAAAACAACUACUGUUUCUCAAACAGCGACUGCGACAAUCACACAGGAAAGACUUACGAUCUUCAAGUCGUCACUUAACAAAUUGUUCCAAGAACGCAGGGUUCAGAAUAUUCCGAAGACAGAAGUCAUCGAUCAUCUAAAUACAACACUUUCUUUGAACUUCACAUCCGACGAAAUUAACGCCGCUAUUAACACCAUGACGGAUGCAAAUCAGAUUAUGGCAGUAGAUGACCUUAUCUUCUUGAUAUAACACGUUUUUAUAAUGUUUCGUUAUUACGUUUUAAACAGUA